AUGUCGUGGCGCAAUAGCCAAGGAAUUACAGGCUCCAACAAUAUCCCUCUUGGAAAGAGGCGAUUCGCCGGAGACGAUGAAGGUGCAAGCGAGGCAUCAACGCCAACAGUCGCAGCUUCAGAGAAUGGCGCGACCCGAGGCAGAAGCCCAACUCGAGCAGAUCCUCCCGCAGACGGCGUGAAACGACGCAAGAAGCGCAACCGUUGGGGCGACGCUCAGGAAAACAAGGCUGCUGGCCUCAUGGGUCUACCGACCAUGAUCAUGGCCAAUUUUACUAAUGAGCAGCUCGAAGCAUAUACUCUGCAUCUUCGUAUUGAAGAGAUUAGCCAGAAGCUUCGCAUCAACGACGUCGUCCCUGCGGAUGGCGAUAGAUCACCCUCGCCGCCACCGCAGUACGACAACUUCGGAAGACGUGUAAACACCAGGGAAUACCGUUACCGCAAGCGCUUGGAGGAUGAGCGCCACAAACUUGUCGAAAGGGCUAUGAAGGUUAUACCUAACUAUCACCCGCCCUCUGACUAUAGGCGCCCGACCAAGACACAGGAAAAAGUUUAUGUUCCUGUGAAUGACUAUCCAGAGAUUAACUUCAUUGGUUUGCUUAUCGGACCUCGUGGCAACACUCUCAAGACCAUGGAAAAGGAAUCUGGAGCAAAGAUUGCCAUUCGAGGCAAAGGUUCCGUCAAGGAAGGAAAGGGACGAUCUGAUGCCGCUCACACAAGCAACCAGGAAGAAGAUCUUCACUGUUUGAUCAUGGCAGAUACGGAGGAGAAGGUCAACAAGGCCAAGCAAUUGGUCCACAACGUUAUUGAAACAGCUGCUUCUAUUCCUGAAGGUCAGAACGAGCUCAAACGCAACCAACUCCGAGAACUCGCGGCCCUUAACGGUACACUGCGUGACGAUGAGAAUCAAGCUUGUCAGAACUGUGGACAAAUCGGCCAUCGCAAAUACGACUGUCCUGAACAGCGCAACUUUACCGCCAAUAUUAUCUGCCGUGUUUGCGGCAAUGCUGGCCAUAUGGCGCGUGAUUGUCCCGAUCGUCAACGUGGCACUGACUGGCGGAACAAUGGUGGCUAUGGCGGCCGUGGCCCUCAACGUGCUAUUGGCGGCGGUGAUGCUGUUGACCGUGAGAUGGAGCAACUUAUGCAAGAACUUUCUGGCGGUGGCUCUGGUCCCAGUGGUGAAGCUCCUCGCCGUAUUGAAGGAGGCCCUGGAGGCUACGAGCAAGACUCCAACUACAAGCCUUGGCAACAACGUGGGCCUCCCGGUCCAGUUUCAGACGUUGCUCCAUGGCAACAACGUGAACGGGAGCAGCACGGUAGACGCGAUGACUACGAACCCCGCGACAACGGCGACGCUGCCCCAUGGGCACAAAGCCGUGGUAGUGGCGGAAACUACGGAUAUGGCUCGCAUCACGGAAAUUAUUCUGCCCCAGGAGCCGCCCCUGGAGGAGCCGCACCAUGGCAACAACAAGCUCCCCCUCCGCCUCCUGGCGGUCAAGCCGGCUAUGGCUACGGGUACUCCGCAUUCCCACCUCCAGCUGGUGGUCAAGGUGCUCCUCCUGGACUUUCCGGCGCUCCUCCCGGCCUCGAGUCCAUGUACUACGGUGGUGCUGCUGCUCCUCCUCCACCUCCCCCUGGCGAAGGCCCUCCUCCUCCUCCACCGAGCGAUCACCCUCCUCCACCACCUCCACCAAUGUAA